UAUUUAUUUGUUUUUCUUUUCCCCCCUCUGUUCGCUCUCUUCGCCAGAGAGAAAAUACAGAAAGGGAGAGAGAGAGAGCGGCUGAGUUCGACGGCAUGGAAUUUCUUGCCUUUCGCAGUCGAACCUAGUAAGCUUUUCUCGAUCUCUUCUAUUUUUUGCUUGUUGGGUUCAGAUCAAUCCAAAUCAAAAUUCUAAAUUUAUGCCAAAAUUUCAUUUUCAAUGAUUUUUGUUUUCUUUUGUGUCUUAGAACAUGAUCUAGUUCAUUGUAAAGGGAAUUCUUAGGACGAAGAGGGAUUUUAAGACAUUUUCCAAAUUCGGACAUGUCAAAAGUUGAUAAUGAAGUUAUGGAGCUCAAAUCUCCUUCAAAACACAAGUUUUGUAGUAUGGGAUUCAAUCGUUUCAAAAGGGUAGUGAAAAUAAGCGUUGUUUUUUUAUUUGGGUUGUUAUUAUUGGUUGGUUUCUAUUUUUCGUUUAAACCCAGUGAAGGUCAAAGGAGAGUGAUUAAAGGUUCAUAUUAUACUGUGGUUGUGGACUGUGGUAGUACAGGAACAAGAGUGAAUGUGUAUGAAUGGGAGGGAAGAGGUGAAAAUGAGAGAGAAUUGCCCAUUUUGUUGCAUUCUUACCCUGAUAAUUCAACCAAGAGUUCACUUCUGAAGAAUUCUUGUAAGUAUCAUUGUAUGCAAACCGAGCCCGGUUUGGAUAAGUUUGUUGGCAAUUCCUCGGGUGUGAGAGCAUCUUUGGAACCAUUGAUUACUUGGGCAGAACAGAUGGUACCUCUUGAACGACAUAGUGCCACUCCUAUUUUUGUUUUGGCUACUGCCGGACUAAGAAGGAUAGCGGUUGAGGAUGUAAGGCGGGUUAUGGAGGAUGUUGAGGAUGUUGUGAAGGAACGUUCGUUUUCGUGUAGGAGGAGUUGGAUAAGAGUGUUGAGUGGGAAGGAAGAGGCUUAUUAUGGCUGGGUUGCUCUGAAUUAUAAAAUGGGGGUGUUCAGGAAUCAUUCAAGGUCGCCCACUUCGGCACUUCUUGACUUGGGUGGUUCUUCAUUGCAAGUUGUGGUGGAAGUAGAAAGUGAAGGAAAAGACACUCACUUGGUGAGGUCGAAAUUUGGUUUUAUUGAGCAUCGGGUUUUAGCUUACUCCUUGCCGGCAUUUGGCUUGAAUGAGGCUUUUGAUAGGACAGUUGUUUUGCUUAGUCACACCGAAGCACUGAGAGAAAGUGGUGGCGGUACAUUAGAGCUGAGACAUCCUUGCUAUGGCUCUGAUUUUGUGCAGAACUAUACUUGUCGUGGUUGUUUUGGGUUAAAUGCUGCUGAGUGGAAAAAUCCUAGUCAAAUGGAGAAAAUAGAAUAUCCUUCUUUAUAUCUGGUGGGAGCCCCAAACUGGCAGCAAUGCAAAAUACUUGCAAGAGCCGCUGCUUUGAAUUCAAGCAGUUUAGAUUGGCCAUGGUCAGCAGCUGGAGAAGGUGAUAAAUCGAGGUUGUCGUUUGUGAGUGGCAGUGGCAUACUCAAAUUGACGGCCUUUGCUCACCGAACUCUGCGGUUUCAUGCCUUAUCUGGGUUUUUUGCUGUUUUCGACACAUUGAACUUGAGUCCACGAGCCAACUUGACAAAGAUUUGGGAGAAAGGACAGCGACUCUGCUUAAGAUCAUGGGCUGAUAAGAGCAGUAUUUCUGGAAACCAAUAUUACGCUGGACAUUAUUGUUUUCGAGUCCCUUACAUGGCAUCUCUCAUAGAGGAUGCUUUGCGGCUCGGUGAUAAAGAGAUAUGGUUUGGUCCUCCAGAUGUUUCGUGGACACUAGGAGCUGCCCUGGUGGAAGGAGAAUCUCUGUGGUUGACUACUUCCACACCUCAGAAUAGAACUUUGACCUCUUACAUCAAAAUCAUGUCCUCUCCAAUUUUUGUAUUUGUUGUUCUUGUAUGCCUUCUAUUGAUUGUUCAUCGUAGUCAAGUCAAGCUGCCUAUGUUGGGCAAGAAGAGUGCUGCUCUGGUAACAUCUUCACAUUCCUAUAUUUAUCCAAGACGCAGACCUAACUGAUUCUUUUACUAGAGCUAUAAGGAAGUAAAUAGACGUUUACUUGGCAUGUACAUUGUUAUUCUUUUUGUGAAACAUCAAUUCAUUUAUUCUUUUAGGUUGAAAUUAGAAGAUACUGAAA